GAGAGAGUGAGAAAGAGAGAGAGAGGUGGUGGGGGAGCUUUUUGCAGAUCUCAACACUAUUGGACGUCUGUGUGUGUUUUCCCUCCCGUUCAUAGUGCCGCACCCUGAACCUCCCACAUCUACAUCCUCACUCUGCACGGCACAGAUAGAUAUUUUUAUUUGUACUUAAUUUCCGGCAGCAGCUGGAGCGCAGGAAGGACGACGCUUCGGCACCUUCCCGGACAGGUUUGGAGCCAGAGAUGGGAGAGGAUCCGCGGCUAUGACACGGACACACCGGGCGGGAAGGAUGGCUCUCACCAGCCGGGAGAUGUUAGGCUUGAUCGGAAGCGCCUGCCUCUGGCUGCCGCUGUUUGCGGAGAUGGUGGCUCAGGACAGCUACCUCAACGAGGUGCAGAACUCAGUGCCUCUGUCUUGCUCUGAGGGAUUCACUGAGUUGGGAUACUACAACGGCACCGUGUCCCAGACGGAUUCUGGCGCCCCUUGUCUGAAGUGGACUGAGUUUCCAGACUACGUCAUGCAGUACCCAGGCCGCGGCCUGGGCGACCACAGCUACUGCAGGAACCCGGACCGAGAGUCCAACCCCUGGUGCUUCUUCAGGCAGAACUCAGGUGCUAUCGGCUGGGCUUACUGCGACUGCCACCAAGGGGCAGUUCGUCUGGUCGGCAGCUCGUCCUCCGACAGCGGGCGGGUUGAAGUUUACCUGAAUGGCCAGUGGGGGGCGGUGUGCAACUCCCACUGGACAGACAGAGACGCGACUGUUAUCUGCAGGCAGCUGGGCCUGGGUGAUAUUGGUACUGGGCUGCAGCUCUCCCAGUUUGGCUCAGGCUCUGGCCUCUUCCAUUAUGAACGUCUGGGCUGCCGUGGAGACGAGGACGCCCUGAGUAAAUGCCGAAGCAGGACGUUCGUCACCGGUGACUGCAGCCAUGGCAACGAGGCGGCCGUGGUGUGUGCGCCACCUGAAGGUAGCGGUCCUCCGCUGCGUCUGGUGGGAAGCGAGGAAGACUUCGAAGGUCGUGUGGAGGUUUUCCACGCGGGCCGGUGGGGCUCCGUCUGUGACGACCAGUGGGACGACAGAGACGCCGAGGUGGUGUGCAGACAGCUCGGUUACGGGGGUGUGGCGAAGGCCUGGUCGUGGGCUCACUUCGGGCAGGGAUCAGGCCCCAUCCUGCUGGAUGCUAUGAAGUGCACAGGAAACGAGCUGUUCCUGGAUCAGUGUCCCCACAGCGACUGGGAGCAGCACAACUGUGACCACAUGGAGGACGCUGGGGUCUCCUGCAGCCCUUAUACAGAUGGCGUGGUGCGUCUGGUUGGAGGCGACACUCCCUGGGAGGGUCGGGUGGAGGUGUUUCACAACGGUGACUGGGGGACGGUGUGUGAUGACCACUGGAGCCAGCAGCAUGCAGAGGUGGUCUGCAGACAGCUGGGAUACAGGGGUCACGCUGAGGUCGUAGUGGACGGGAUGUUCGGGGAGGGCGUCGGUCUGAUCCUCCUGGACGACGUCCACUGCGAAGGAUCCGAGACUUCCCUGCUGGACUGUCGCCAUGGGAUCUGGGGUCGGACGGACUGCUCCCACAGCGAGGACGUUGGUGUUCGCUGCAGAGGAAGAUCCAGCCAGGACACCAACGAAGUGCCGGUCAUCGCACCUUCAACAGGACCCCUGGUGCGUCUCGUGGGCGGCGGCAGCAGGAAGGAAGGUCGAGUCGAGGUGUAUCUCCAUGGAGACUGGGGAAGUAUUUGCGACUCAGGAUGGAACGACCUCAACGCCGCCGUGGUGUGCAGACAGCUUGGACACAGUGGUAGAGCAGUAGCAGCUAGAGGGUUCGGUCAGGGGAAAGGACCCAUCCACCUGGACCAGGUGAGGUGCACCGGGAAGGAGGAGUUCCUGGGCGAGUGCCCUUCACUCGGCCUGAACGUCCAGGGCUGCAGACGCAGGGAGGAUGCAUGGGUGAAGUGUGACGUUGAGCCGCGGAGGUCGGCUGUGAAGACCAAACCUCAGGACGAGAGCUGCGGGAUGAGGAAGCUGGUGGAAGACGAGGGGAAGACAGGAAGUCAAAGAGAGGGCAGCUCGCUUAGGACGACGUGGCCCUGGCAGGUGUCGGUGUGGCUUCACUCUCAUGAGGGAUCUGGCGGGCCUCUCUGCAGCGGGACUCUGGUCAGCCCCUGCUGGGCGCUGACGUCUGCCUCCUGCCUCAGCAGGUUUGGCAGCGACCCAUCCAGGUACGUGGUUCGCGUCGGGGCGUCGGAGCAGACUCUCAAACCGGAGCAGGUUGUGGUUCACAGGAAGUUCAAAGGUCAGAGUGGAGGUCACGACCUAGCGAUGCUGAGGCUGCCCAGCGCUAAGGGCCACUGCGUGACGUUUGAGGCGAACACAAACGCAGCCUGUCUACCUGCUGCCGACUCUGCUACAGGGGCGAAAACGGGAUCAUGUGUUGUCAUGGUUACCACAAGCUGGACUGGACCGGACUCAGUCAUCGCUUCCUGGGUCGCUCUGAUGUCGUCAUGGCAAUGCAAGAAGCGCUUCGGUAACAGUUUCUCCAGUCACGGCACGCUGUGCGCCGGCAGUCCGCCGGACACCAGCCUCCUUCACGGCGACGGUUGCCAGGGCAACUCCGGUGGCGGCCUACUGUGCCAGGAGGAGUCAGGCCGAUGGGUCGUAGCUGGGGUCGUCGCCGGGGGCUACGGCUGCUCCGACCCGUCCUCCCCGGCGCUGUACACCCGGGUGAGCCGCUUCAGGAGCUGGAUCGACGAGGUCAUCGACACGCACAGGCGUCUGGAGGAAACGCGCGCACCCGCAGCGACGCGGAACAAGCCCACGCACACCGAUGAUGACAUUUCACACGAUGUACACUUUGACACACACCAAGAGCUCAAACACAAACACACACACACUCAUCAGCAGCCCGGCUUCAAGAACACACACAUGUUCCACACAGAGGAUGCAGACAAAAACAAACAGAUGGAGGUCUGAUUGAGGCCGUGCCAUUGGCUACCACCUGUGCCAUGUGACCACCCGGAGGGAGGAAGUAGCUUAGCAUUCAAGCAUUUUUACCAACAGAUUUGAGGCAGAAAUUGGUGUGAAGGUUGGGAUGAUCCAGAUUAACAGCAUGAUAAUUAUCAGGGACAAAUCAGAACAGCAUGACAAAAACUAUCAGAGGGAUUUACUGAACAUGGUCACACAUUAAUCUAUGCUAAUCUAAUUUAUUUAUUUGUCCUCUGUGAGUUAUUAGGAAAAUAUUGAAACUAAAUCAGAACAUAUUUAGGCUCUCUAUAAAAACAUCCACACCUCUGAAAUGAGUCAUGUAGAUAAUCCCCUGCAGCAGACCAGACUCCUCCCAGAUUAGCUUUUAUAUAAAACAUCAUGUGUGCUUAUACUUUUCAAACAGGGCUCAUUUCUUCAGGUUGUUGUCUUAAAAAGUUACAAGUGAAAGUGCCGUAGGUAAUUUAGCUGCUUAACUCAGGACCAUACCACUGCAUUAGCAUGUGCUGCUGUAUUUAUAACCUCUGACCUGCAACUUAGCGCUAAGAUUAAAUAAUUAAUGGUUGUUGGUGUCUUAGUGAGGGAAGCGUAUGAUAAUAUUAGCGGCUAUAACCUUUAG